GGGUCCGGAACCAAAAAAAAAACAAAUAAUCGGUUUAGUACAAAAACUGAUUUUAUAUAAUUUGAUUCAAUUAGAAGAUUUUCCUAUAGAUUAGUAAAUCAUCAUUUCUGGUUAUUACGAUGCGUGACGAAGAUUUUUGCUGUGCGGUUUGCUUGGAUUUUUUUGUGGAGCCUUGCAUAAUAGAAUGUGGUCAUUCUUAUUGUCGAUUUUGUAUCGAAAGUCACCUGAAUAUCAAUGAAAAGUGCCCACUGUGCAGAGCUCAUACUGGAAAUCCAAUCAGAAAUCGACAACUCGAGUCAUUAACAAUGAGCUAUGUGAGUUCUCGAAAUAUAUCCACUGAAUAUUAUGAACGAAUGAAAUCUUAUCAAAAGAAACUAUUGCUUCAAAAUCGAGCACUUGUAAUUAUUUGGACUGAGUUGAAUAAAAGGCCAGGACAUUCUACGGAACUAUGUAAUCUAGUACGGAAUGUACAAGAUGAAGAACUGAAAUCGGAGAUUAUGUGGCAAGUAAAGCAACAAGUUGGAGUAGGAUUAGAACACACUGGAGACCUCCAAGAGGAGAACGUAACAAUUCGAUUAAAAAAUUCUUCAAGUCAACAAUAACCAAAUCUGUAUUUUUAUGUAAAUAUUUGAAUGAAAUAUUUGUACAUUU